AUGGUGGGAGAGGGUUUCGAUGUGAAGUGCGCCGGCGACCUCAUGGGCAAGGAGCUGGAGGCAUUCGCCAAGGUCUUGGACAACCCGGCAAAGCCAGUGCUGGCCAUCCUUGGUGGGGCAAAGGUCAGCGACAAGAUCCAGCUCAUCAUGAAUAUGUUGGACAAGGUGAACAAGAUGAUCAUCGGCGGUGGCAUGGCCUACACCUUCCUGAAGAUCAAGGACAGCAUGGCGAUUGGAACCUCGCUCUACGAUGAGGAAGGGGCCAAGAUCGUUCCUGAGAUCCUGGCCAAGGCGGAGAAGCUCGGCGUGGAGAUCAUCCUCCCUGUCGAUUUCACCUGCUCCUCGAAAUUCGGCGAGGAUGGCGAGAUCAAGGAAGGUGUGACCAAGGAUGCUGGCAUCCCAGAUGGCUUCAUGGGCUUGGAUUGCGGACCUAAGUCGAUCGAGCUGAAUGCCAAGGCCGUGGCGGAGUCCAAGACCAUCAUCUGGAACGGCCCCAUGGGCGUCUUCGAGAUGUCGAAGUUCGAGAUCGGCACCAAGAGUCUGAUGGAUGCUGUCGUGGCGGCUACAGGAGCAGGUGUGAUCACUGUCAUUGGCGGUGGCGACACCGCCACGGCUUGCAAGAAGUACGGAACCGAGGACAAGGUCACCCACUGCAGCACCGGCGGCGGGGCCUCUUUGGAGCUUCUCGAGGGGAAGGAACUCCCAGGCGUGGCCGCCCUGAACGACAAGCAGCUUGG